GGCACCGCAUGACUACUAGACCAGCCCUCAGUUAGGAAGUGCAUUUCAAGCUGAGCUGCAGGAGCGAAGAUGGAGUGGUUGGUAUUCUGCGUUUGUUUCCUUUUCUGUGGCCUGGCGCAGGCAAAACCGCAUCCCUUGAAAGACAAGAAAGGAAUUGAUCCUGAGGUCAACAUGAAUAUUAGUGAGAUCAUCAGGCAUUGGGGUUACCCUGCAGAGGAGUACGAGGUGGUGACAGAAGAUGGAUACAUCCUCAGCGUCAACAGGAUCCCGCAUGGCAUUCACGACACAUACGGGGAAGAUCCCAGGCCAGUGGUGUACCUGCAGCAUGGGCUGCUCGCGGCGGGCAGCAACUGGAUCACCAACCUGCCCAACAACAGCCUGGGCUACGCGCUGGCGGACGCCGGCUUUGACGUGUGGAUGGGCAACAGCCGCGGCAACACCUGGUCACAGAAGCACGUCAGUCUAUCACCGGACUCGGACGAGUUCUGGCAAUUCAGCUAUGACGAGAUGGCCAAGAAAGAUCUCCCCGCCGUCAUCAACUUCAUCACCAAGACCUCUGGCCAGGAGCAGAUCUUCUACGUCGGCCAUUCCCAAGGCACAACCAUCGCCUUCAUUACCUUCUCCACCAUGCCUGAGGUGGCCAGUAAAAUCAAGAUGUUCUUCGCCUUGGCCCCCGUGGCCACAGUGGCCUUCACAGAAAGCCCCAUGACCAAGCUGUCCAUACUCCCAGAGGUCCUGAUUUGGGAUCUCUUCGGCGACAAGAACUUCUUCCCCCAAAAUGAUCUCAUCAAGUUCUUUGCGACCAAGUUUUGCUCCAAGAAGCCGUUCAGCGUCCUCUGUGGAAACAUCUUCUUCCUCCUCUGUGGCUUCGAUGAGAAGAAUCUCAACAUGACACGGACCCCAGUGUACACCACCCACUGCCCUGCAGGGACCUCCGUCCAGAACAUGGUCCACUGGUCCCAGGCGGUGAAGGGUGGAGUCUUUAUGGCGUAUGACUAUGGUGAGAAAGGAAACAUGCAACACUAUAACCAGACGACCCCCCCUCACUACAACGUGGAGGACAUGAAGGUUCCUACGGCCCUCUGGUCGGGCGGCCAUGACACCCUGGCGGACCCCAAGGACGUGAGCGUGCUCCUGACGCAGAUCCCCAACCUGGUCUUCCACCGGGACAUCCCCCACUGGGAGCACCUGGACUUCAUCUGGGGCAUGGACGCGCCCCAGGAGAUGUUUGGAGACAUGAUCAAACUCAUGAAGCAGAACCUGUGAAGUCAACCUCCAUUCAUGGUUUACUUUUGGGGUUUUUUAUGUUUUUUUGUAACUUUUUAAUAGAUCUGUUGUCAUUUUCAUGAUGCGGAAUCUUUGAGCACAUUUUUCUUUCUCCUUCUACCACUCCCUCAUGCCCCGCUUUUUAAAAAUAGUGUUCAGGUACAACCUAAGAGGACUGUGAUCUUCUCACUUAUCUCCUCCAUCCACUAAUGUUUUUACUUUUUUGUUUGACUUUUUAAUGGGCAGAUCUAUUGUUAUUUCCAUGAUGCAUAGUCUUUGAGCACAUGACAUUUUUUUAUUUGGAGACAUGGGGCCUAUACUACAAAAAGCUGUUUCAGGAGUAAACCAGGAGCCCUCAUUUUUAAGAUGAUUAAAACUUAACUUAACUCCUGAAGUUUACUCCUGAACCAGCUUUGUAGUAUAGGCCCCUGAUCAUAUAAGGCAAAACCUGUGAGGACCGAGGCCUGUGACCUCCUCAUACAUUCCCUAACCUGACUCAGAAGACCACCAAAGAUCACCAAAUAAAUGUGUACAGUUGUUGCACCUAUCUCCAAGUCAGUGAGACGCCAUGUGGAGCUUGGCAGAACUACAUGCAGUACAUUUGGCGAGAGUCAGGUAACAUACCGUGGUAUCUCCGCUGCUAUUUUUUUGUUUGUUUUUUUGCUUUUUAUUUACCUUUUAAUGGUCAGAUCUGUUGUCAUUGUCAUGAUGCAGAAUCUUUGGCCACAUUGUGUGUUUUUUUCUCUCCCUCCAGUGUGUGGUGUCUUUUUGUUGAUUUCAUGGGUUGGAACGGGUGUCCACUCUACACAUUUAAAGAUCGUUUAAAAUAAUCAGGUCUGAUCAUCUUUGGCCCAGUUGCUAUGCUGAGAACCUUAACUUGAGACAAAGUGAUGUUAAACAUUAGUGUGUAGUCGUUUUUAUUAUAUAUCUAUGUAUAUUUUUAUUUACCUCAAUUUAGAAGUUUUAGGGAAUAUUUCUGAAAAGAGGGUGAUAUAGGAAAUACACUGUCAGCAAAAUGUGUGUUUUUUUUUUUAAUGUGACUACUACACAUAAUCCCAUUUGCAAUAAUCGCAAUCCAUACUUCCUGUCCACAAGUAGUGGUACUUGGAAAGACCCUCAAACACAAGACAGUAUUACUUAUAUAAUAUUUUAGUACCGGUAAGUGUUCGUUUUGGUUUGUUUUUGAUUGAUGAAGGGGCCACAAGACUUUAUUCCUUGGAGCCAAAAAAGGGCCAGUUUCCAGUAGAUGGUUUUAAACAUGUUUUUUUCCCCUUUAUAUUGUUCCUUAGUCUAAUGUGUAAUCUAGAAAACUAGUAAUCUAGAAUGGUUAUCAGUGGCCUGGUCAGUGUGGGAUGCUACCUGGCCACUUCAGAUUCUUUUGUACUAUCUUUCUUUAAUCUCAUCUGCUCUAACCUGUCUGACAACGUCACCUCACUGCGUUCCUAUGAUCUUCUAGUGUCCACUACUUCUAUGCGUUUUCUCAUGAUGACCUUCCGUUCUUACCCUGACACCUUUUCCGCCAUUUUAUAACAUAGUUCCUGAGAAAUGCUGUCUUGCAGGUGAUGUGGCCUAUGACUUACUGAGCUGCUGUUUUAUUUUCUGAGGAUUUUUGUUUUGACAUAUUUGAGCCACUCUUUCCUGAAAACUGGUGAAUGUGCAGGGAGGCUUAAACAUUACAACUGUUAGUCUGACCUGAAGGAAGAACCCAUGUCUAACUUACCCCUCCUUUUCCAGAACUCAGAAAUGCACCUUUAUCAUUUUACAUGGCAAAAUUACAAAAUGCUGAAUGAUCUACUACUACUUUGUCUCUGUGGCUUUUCUUUGUAACCACUCUUACAGAGGUAAUUCAGGUUUUAACUGUGAGGCACAUUGAGCCACGUCGAAUUACAAAUGUGUUCCAGUAGCUUUUUAUGUAAGCUCUACAGAGCUGAAAUGUAACCAUGUUUGCUGCACUGAUGAAUGUUGGCUCAUGCAUGCAAUAAACAUUUACCCUCAACACAA